GAAUACCAUUUCCGUUCAAAAUGUCUACGGCCGCGAUAUCGCUAUCCAGCUUGCUGCCUGCACCUGUCCAACAAAAUUACGAUAGGGACAAUGAGGAAAAGGAAACAUCUCGUAAUGUGAUUCCUAAAAUUUCGAAGGCUAUUCCUCCUUAUGGUCAUAGAAAAGGUUGGAUACCAAGACAAGAGGACGACUAUUGCGAUGGAGGAGCAUUUCCCGAGAUCCACGUCGCUCAAUAUCCGUUAGGAUUAGGAAAGGAGAAACAAUCUUCAAAUGCUCUUUCUUUACAAGUUGAUAGUGAGGGAAAAGUUAGAUACGAUGCUCUUGCCAAGUAUGGUCAUGGUAAAAAUAAGGUGGUUCACUCACGAUUUGAAGACCUUUUACCGAAACCAAUCGAUGAUGAUGAUCCUGAAUUACAACGCCCAGACGAAGAAGAAAUACAAGAAACAACUGAUAAAACACGAGAAGCCCUCGAAAAAUUGGUUGCAGGAAAAAUAGCAGCUGCCAAUCCUACAAAGAGAGCAGAAAAGCAAGAACCUGCUCAAUACAUCCGUUACACUCCAUCACAACAAGGUAAUUCUUACAACUCAGGAGCCCAACAAAGAAUUAUCAGGAUGGUGGAAGCCCAACAAGAUCCAAUGGAACCACCUAGAUUUAAAACAAAUUCAAAAAUACCAAGAGCACCGCCCUCACCACCAGCUCCUGUUAUGCAUUCUCCACCUCGUAAACCAACAGUUAAAGAGCAAAAUGAAUGGAAGAUUCCACCAAGUAUUUCACAUUGGAAGAAUGCUAAAGGGUUUACCAUACCUCUUGAUAAAAGAUUAGCUGCCGAUGGAAGGGGCUUACAAAGUGUACACAUUAAUGAAAAUUUUGCAAAAUUGGCUGAGUCUCUCUACAUUGCUGAUCGCAAAGCUAGAGAAGCUGUUGAAGUGAGAGCCCAAAUGGAACGUAAGACAGCACAGAUGGAAAAAGAGAAGAAAGAAGAAAACUUGUUGAAAGUUGCUGAAAAAGCAAGAGUUAAUCGAUCUAGUUAUAAUCACGGAUCAGGACAAGUUUCUGAAGAAGCCAAAGAGAGAGAUGAAUUUCGUAGAAUCAGAGGAAAAGAGAGAACUAGGGAAAAGAAUAUUAGUCGUGCUGCUCCAGAUAAGAAAAAUAGACUUUUGAGAGAUAGAGAUCGUGAUAUUUCUGAACAAAUCCAUCUUGGUAGACCUCAAGUCUCUAAACCAUCCGCUGACUCUCAAUUUGAUCAACGUCUAUUUGGAAAAACUAGUGGAAUGGAUAGUGGUUUCGGAGAUGAUGACGCUUAUAAUGUUUAUAAUGAGCCAUGGAAUAAAAAUAAAAAUAUCUCUAAGGGAAUAUAUGUUCCAAGCAGAAACUCUGAUAAAGACAUGUAUGGAGACGACUAUGAAAAGAUUGUUAACAGCAACAGAUUUGUUCCUGAUCAACGCUUCAGCGGAACUGAGGGAGGUAGUAACAGAGAGGGACCUGUUGCUUUUGAAAAGGAAGAGGAUCCCUUCGGAUUGGAUGAUUUCUUGGAACAGGCUAAAACUCACGAUAGCUCUAACAAACGUCCUAUUGAUGACAAAGGAUCCAGAGAUCAUGGUUCAAAAAAGAGUCGACAUUAAAAAUAAGGAAAAGCAAGGAAAGAUUGACAUAUAUCAUAUGCGAAAUUUGUAGAUAAUAAAAAAGAAGUUUGUGAUCGUCUAAAAUUUCUUGUCUUGAAUUUUACGAUUCAAUUCAUUCGUUAAGUCAUCACUUAUUGUGAUAUUACUAUUAUUAUGGACAUGUAACAUUUUCAACUAUUGUAAUCAGAAAGAUUAACCUCAUUACAGAUGGCUUAAAUUUUAACAAAUAAACUUCAAUCCGAAGCUAUUGAUCAGGCGAUAUAAUUUUUAUUUAUCUUAAUGCACUGUUACUUUAAAAGUCGGUGUGAAUCAACAUAGUUGGAGAUCGUUUAAUAUAUAUAUAUAUAUACUGUAUAUAUGUGUUUGUAUCUUUAGAAAGUCAUAAACAUUUUCUUGUAACUUUGUUCAUGUCUCUCUGAAAAAUAUUUUCUGCACGCUUCCUCUAAAAAGAAAGAAAUAUUGAAAAAUCAAUAUAAUUUGUAAACUUUCACUUAGCG